AUGGGACUGGAGUACUUGGGUUUCUCUUCUCCCGAGGCAUAUGCUGAGUUCCAGUACAGACGCAGACACAGGCAGCGCAGGAGAGGAGACAUGGGCAGCCUCCGCAGCAACACACCAGAACCUGAUGACCUAGGCCACAGCAGUUUAGACACUCCAGAAAUUGGCGGUGGUCAGAGACUGGGUCUGCCCAUGCCUCACAGUUCCCUGGAUGAGGAUGAUCCGAAUAUCCUGUUGGCUAUCCAGCUGUCCCUGCAGGAGUCUGGGCUGACUGCAGCCAGUGCUGGCGUUGAUGCACAAGAGAUCAUUGCAAACGAAGCAUCUCUGGGGGCUAUCGGAUCAUCCCUGCCCACACGGCUGGACCCGGUGCUGUGCGGGAUAGACGUGCCCCGUGCUGCCCUGAGCAGCUCCGAGCUGUUAGAGGUGGGUGACAGCCUAAAGAAGCUCGGUAAUAUCAGUGGCCAGAACGUCCCUCUGCGUUUCGACAAUCUCAACAAUCCUUCCUUUGAGUCUGCUGAGGGUCCCUUCCAAGCUCCCUUCGGGACAUAUGGAAACCUCGGAUUUCGAUUCUGA